AUGGUUUCUUUUUGUUCUUCAUCGAAUGAUCAAUUAUUAACAAAACGCUUAAUUGAAAGUUCAAAUCAUCCAUUGCAAUGUUUUCAUCGUUUUGUUAAUAAAUCUGAAUGGACAAAUGGUCUUGAUGUUUGGUCUCCAUCAGAAACUCUUCGAAAAAAUCAUUGUAAUCAACGUUAUUUAGAUUUUCAUCAUGAUAUUGGUCUUUAUUUGCCACGAUAUGAAAACGAUAAUUUACAAGAAACAUCAAUUGAAAAUGAUUUAAAUUAUUUAAGAGGAAUAGAAAAAAUAACGCUUCCAAAACGUCUUAGAACAUUAAUGGAUAAAGAAAAAAAUCUUUUAAAAGAAAAUCAUUCAAAUAAUUCUUCACCUGAUGAUCAAUUAUCAUCGAUUGAAGAGAAUCAAUAUUCGAAUUCUAUUCAACAAUCAAAAUCAAGUGAUAUUCCAUCGAACAAAGUUCGUUUAUCACUUCGUCAAGUUCAAAGUAAAAAUUCUUUAAGAGAAAAUCAAUUAAAGCAAAUUCGACAAGAAAAUUAUCGAUCAGUAAAUCAAGAAAAAAUAAAAUCAUUAUUAAAACAACAAAUAACAAGUUUAUUUUGCCGAGAAUCAGCAAAUAUUAAUCAUAAACGAACUUUCAUUCGAAUACCUUUAGUAGAAAUAAAACAUAAAAAUUUCUCUCCUAAAACAAGUUCAAUUAUAGAUUCAACAUUAAUUAUGGAAAGAUAUGAUAAAUUACAACGAUUAUUAAUAUCUCGAACAACUAGUCAAGCAACAAUAAAUAAUAGAUUACUUAACAAUCGUCAAUCACCUUUAGAAUAUCAGAAAGUUUCUGCAUUUGGUUUAAGUGUAACACCUAUUGAUUGUUUUUCUUCGAAAAAUUUUGAAAAUUCUUCUUUCGAAAUGAAAUUAGAACAAGAAAAUUUAUCAUUCACAACUCCUCGAUUAACUCAAAGAGUUUCUCUUCGUUAUUCAACUGAUAGAAAUGAAGAAGAUCAAAGAAUUGUAUCCAAAAAUACUAUUCAAGGUGGAUUUAUUUCAUCAUCUGGUGAUUUUGUUAUAUCGAAUAAAACUUCGAUUGAUGAACAAGCUGAAACCAUAAGAAAAUUUUAUCGUCAUCAUCGUCCAUCAUCAAAUAAUCGAUUUGAGCUAGCAAAAACUUCCGAAUUACUACCAAAACUUGUCUCUGGUAAACGUCUUCAUAUUCCUAUUUCAAACAAUCGACAAUGA